CUUCCAUGAACUGAACACCAGGAGUCUAACAACAGCAUCAUCAGUUAAACACCGCAGCACUGAACCACAGAUGUAAACAGCAGCAGGUGAUGGGGUUUUAGUUCGGCAUGAUCACCAGCGAGGAACGAGAUACGAGUCUGAUGUUCAAGAUCAAGAUGAGCAACAGCAGCAACAGCAGUAAAAAGGAGAGGGAGCAGAAGAGGAGGCUGCAGCACUUCCUGAACGACCUGGCCUUGCUUGGAUCUUUACAGGGUUUUAAAUACUUCCAGCCGUGGCUCAGGGGGAAAGAGGAGCUGCUGCUCACGGUCGUCAACGAAGAUCUGGGUUGGCGUUCCCCGGGCUUUGUGGUGUCCAGAGCCUCGUCCUCCUCGUCCUCCUGCUGCUCCUCCAGCAGCAUCUGUAACAGCAGCGACAUCUCCCCGAGCAGCAGCGAGCCCAGUCUGGACAGUCGCUGCAGCUCCCCUCUGCCCGGAGAAGCUCCGGCUCCACGAGACCCUCUGUCGCAAACACGCACCAAGAACACGCAGCCACAGAACGACAGGGGCUCUAGCAGUGAGGAUCAUCUCCUGCCUGCGUCUCCCAGUGAACGAGAGAUAGCAGUACCUGAGGUGAACUGCACUCUCUUUCUACUGGCCGGCUACGUCAAAUACGGACGGCCCCACGCCUGGAUACGCUCCAAUCACGAGCGCCUGGUCAACAUCGGAGGCACCAACUCAAUGGUCAAGGACACGCCCAUGAAACUCAAGUCCAUCGCUGACUGGCAGACACGAGGUAUUCGAGUGUGGGACAUUGUGAGCGAGCUGGUGUGUCUGUGCACUAUCCCUUCUCCUUCAAACCCCUUUGCCCUGGACAUGCGUUACAUCAAAAGUCUUCCCCUCCCUGAGCGAUUCCUCGUCACAGGUGCUCUCCUCAACUUCCUGGAGAUGUUUGUGGUGUACGGGAACCAGGACGAGCUGCACUACGACAAAGUGGUCGAGGAGGUGAAGCCUCUGAGGCGUCUCCACGUUCACUCCCUGCUCGAGCUGCAGCGACACAGAGACACGCUGAGGCCGAGCUGCGGUGCAGAGGUGCAGGACUCAUCUGGAGAUGAGUGACCAUAAAGCUGUGAUCCCCACUGUGCUUUUAUUAACCGUUUUUGAAAAAAUGCUUACGGGAAUUCCAACAGAAUUCUGUUUUAUUGACUAUAAUUCUCCCUCAUGAGUGUUUACGCGACUUUCUCUCGUGAGAGACUUCGUAUUUUGUGCACUGAGUUGUAUCUACAUAGUAUAAAGGUUUUAGUCACAUGGCUCAGAUGAUGGAAAUGUGAAAAUGUAAAAAAAAAAAUACAUCUGGGAAUUGACUCACAUGCCUGGGACUAAAAAUACCUGGAGCUCAGUGAAUGUUCUCCCCCAUCACCCCCAGAACCCUUCAAUCUCAAUCACUUCCUUCCACGCAAACAAAUGCAGGAAUUCUGUUUUCAUCAGGCCAAAUAUAAUAUCAUAAACCCGA